AUGGAUUUGCUCUCUUAUUGCAACCUCAACGAAACGAAGCAGCUCGAGUACUCAUCAGAGAAUCCCCUGAACCGCGAGCCCUCUGCCAAGGACCUUGUCCAACAAUUCCUCACGCCCCAAGAUCUCAGCUACGACCGCAACCACGGCCCAAUACCCCAUCUCCGCGGCGAAGAGCACCAAGUACGCGUUGACGGGCUGGUCGCUAAUCCUUUAACAUUGUCGUCGCAGCAACUACGCACCGACUUUCCUCAGCAUGAAGUUAUCUCUGCUCUGGAAUGCGCCGGCAACCGCCGCCUCGCAAUGCGGACUCUUCUUCAUGAAGUGGAAGGAAUAGACUGGGGAGAUGCAGCAGUGAUGAACUGUAAAUGGAAGGGACCGCGAGUGCGCGAUAUUCUUCUUCGCGCCGGCUUGCGCGGCGCCGCAACAGACCCGAACCGGGAAAUGCAUGUUGCCUUUGCCUGCUACCAGGUCAAGUGCCAGGAGGAUUAUUGGUUCGGGGCCAGCGUGACCCUGGAACGAUGUAUGCGCGAAGACGGAGAUGCCAUUCUGGCCCUGGAGGUCAAUGAUUCUCCCCUAACGGCGAACCACGGGUACCCUGUUCGGUUAGUUGUCCCAGGCAUCGUUGGGGCGCGCUGGGUGAAAUGGCUCGACCGGAUCACCGUCCAGGAACGGGAAUCACCCAACUUCUACCAGCAGCGCGACUACAAGGUUCUCCCACCGGAGGCAGUCGAUCGUGCCUCUGCUGAACAAUAUUGGACGGUUACCCCGCCCAUGUACGAUACGCCAAUCAACUCCAUUGUGGCUGUCCCGGGGGAUGACGAGAUGGUCUCAUUGCCGGACUCUGGCUUAGUGGAGGUGAAAGGAUACGCCAUUCCGGAGGGUGACCAAGGGCCUAUCACUAGGGUGGAAGUGUCGGGCGAUGGAGGCCAAUCAUGGGUAGAGGCCGAGUUGAGCGGGUCGAGCCGUGAACAAAAAUGGUGCUGGGUAUUGUGGACGGCCAGAGUAGGAAUGUCUCUGGGGCCAGGGAGGGAGAUCUGGAGCCGUGCAAGUGAUGCAGGAGGUAAUACGCAGCAGGAGCAUUCGCAAUGGAAUCUCAGAGGUGUUGGGUAUAAUGGAUUCGGCAGGAAAAACAUAACUGUGGUGCCGGGUUGA